AUGGGUCAAUGUAUUGCCAAAGUCGGACGAAUGGUUUCUAGGGUAUGUCGAGUAUUCUGCGAGCAACAUGGCGUGUUGGUGGACUUGGAAAACAUUCUGACCGAAUCACUCAAUUGCAAAGCACGCCUCUUGCACUACUUUGAGGCCAACAAUAAUAGUACACAACCUGAUGAGGGAGAUCAGCUCUGGUGUGGCUGGCACAAUGAUCACGGCUCCUUGACGGGGCUGGUACCAGCCAUGUAUCUGUCCACACAAAAACCUCAAAAGCAACUCCCUGCUGCCCCUGAUAGCAAUGCUGGUCUGUACAUUCAUUCACGUUCCAACGAGGUGGUCAAAGUGAGUCUCCCCACCGAUUGCAUUGGAUAUCAAAUUGGAGAAACCUUUCAGAUCUUAUCGGGAGGAUUGUUGCAAGCCACUCCGCAUGCGGUCAAGUCCACUCUCACAAAAGGCGUCACACGAGAAGCAUUUGCCGUCUUUUUGGAGCCCGAGUACGAGUUUCCCAUGACCAUUCCAGAGGGACGCACUGUGGAUGAUUGCUGUUGUCCGGACAAUCCAGCCAACAAGGCUCUGAAACUCAAUAGCAUCAAGUCACGAUGGAAGAAAGGCAUGUGUUUUGGAGAAUUCAACAACAUUACCAUUCAGACGUUUCAUAAGCAAUUGGAUGCAGCUGAGUAA